UCAAUAUAAAUACCACCCAUUUAUUUCUCGUGCUCCAAUUUCAUAUUCCCUCAUACUUGUUUCCUAUUAAAUUAAUAAACCGUUGAUGGCGACUUUGCUAUUUAUUAUGUAUAUAAGCUAAUAAAAACCCACCACCAAGGAAACGAAACAAAAUCCUCUCUCAUUAUCAAACCGUGCCGUUUCUCUCAUCGUCGUGUCUUCUCAAAAAUCAAUUCCUUGAACCCUAUUUCUCUCUACAUUUCAACAUAGAAAUAUGUCAAGCUCAUCGGAAAAUUCUGGAUUUUCCGGCCAUAAACCGGCAAAGUUGCCGGAGAAAUCUAACUUUUCUCAUACAUGUAAUCUACUAAGCCAAUACAUCAAGGAAAACGGAAGUUUUGGAGGCCUUACCCUCGGAAAGCCAUGCACCGUCGAAACAAAUGGAUCACCUGAGACAUCUUGUAACUCUGGAACAACAAUGGAGUUGUUUCCUACAAACAUGACACCACAAACACAAAACCUUAAAACUUUGAAUCUGUUAUCCCCAAAUGAUGUUCCUGCCUUGGAAAACUCAAGUGUAUUUAAGGAGCCUAAAACUGCACAAUUGACGAUGUUUUAUGGUGGAAAAAUUAUUGUAUUGGAUGAGUUUCCUGCUAACAAAGUGGAAGAGUUAAUAUCAUUUGCUAGAACCACAAAGUGGAGUACAUAUGCUUCUUACAAUCAGACUCAGCCUUCAGUUAUUCCUAAUCUGUUCCCUCAAGCACCUUCAAGACUAAUUGUUUGUGAACAACCAAUUGCUAGAAAAGCUUCACUUCAUCGGUUUCUGGAGAAAAGGAAAGAUAGAAUAGCUGCCAAAGCACCAUAUCAAAAAAGCAAUCCCAUAUCUGCUCCAGUAAAGCCUGUUAAAUCCAUUCCAUGGCUUGGAUUAGGUGCUACAUCAACGCAAGUUUAAGAGCAAUCAGAGUUUUAAGUAGUUUUAAACUUAGUUUUUUUUUUAGAUAUUUUUUUUAUGGACCUCUCAGCUAAUUCUCCUGUAUUGUCAUUGUAUAACUUGCACAAUGUGCAAUUAUAAUAGGAUCUAAAGUAGUUCGAUUAGCUGAGGGCUCUAAUUAUAAUUUGAAUUAUUUCUUGUAAUUAUUUCAAAUUUUUGAAUUCUUAAGUAUCUAUGACUAACCACCAACGAGAUCUUCAAGUUGACCGUUAUAAUUGAAUUUAUACUCUUGUAAGAUAGGAGUCAACUUUCUAUCAUUUAGAUAAAUUUUCGUUGGCAAAUAGGAAAAUAAUAAUAUUUGGUUUAAUAUGAAUUUGAUUGAUGA